AUAUACGAAGUAAAAGAUCUUAAUUUAUUUUUGCGUCAUCUUAAAGACAUUAAAUGAAGUGUAAUAUGUUUCUAUUGGUUUAAAUAGCGUUGACUAUUAUUAUUUUGCUCAGAAUUCCUUAAUUUAUAUCAUAAGAUUGGUUAGGUUCGUCUAUAUAUUGUGUUGGUAACGAAUUUAGGAGAAUGAAAUUAAAAAGAAGGGUAGUAAGCCUGUGUACCCUGCGUAUUCGUAUGAGUAGAAGGAUGAGGUUUGUAAGUGUUUGUUUUGAAGAAAAAUAUUCGUUUUAAUGAACAUAAAUACUGAUAGGAACAUUUUUCACAGUAUUUAAUUUUUGUCUUUAACUUGCUUGUGAGCUCUGAAUAUGAGUGCCGGUAUGCUUUAUGGCGGCGAUGAGAUAGGAGCCCUUGUUUUCGACAUUGGGCAUUAUUCACUAAGGGUUGGUUAUGCUCAGGAAGAUACACCGAAGGCGGAAAUCCCGGCUGUGGUGGGUGUUGUUGAAGAUGGGAAUUCAGUAGCGACUCUGAAGACGGAUGGAAUGGAAAUUGAUGAAAAGAAACCUGAUCUGACCAAUGUAUCUUCUUCAACAACAGAUACUAAAUAUCAUAUUGAUACAAACUUUCUACAUGUAGCACGAAAAGGCAUGGAAGUUUCUAAUUACAUGAAGGAUGGUAUGAUUGAAGAUUGGGAUUUGUUUGAAAAAGUGCUGGACUACACAUAUGCCAAAUGCAUUCAGUCUGAGUCAGAGUUCCAUCCAGUUCUGAUGUCUGAAGCCCCAUGGAAUGUACGAAACAAACGAGAAAGACUCACAGAGCUUAUGUUUGAAAAGUACAAUGUCCCUGCAUUUUUCCUCGUCAAGAAUGCCGUCCUUGCUGCUUUUGCAAAUGGUCGUGCUACUGGCAUUGUCGUCGACAGUGGUGCUACGCAUACAUCUGCAGUGCCUGUUCAAGAUGGUUUUGUUUUGACACAAGCUAUUGUUAAGUCACCACUUGGUGGGGACUACAUUAGCAUGCAGUGUAAGAACUACUUGCAGGAGAAUGACGUUGACCUGGUGCCAUCAUACCUGAUUGGCAGUAAAGAGGUGGUGAAGGAGCGAGAGAAGGCCCGCUGGGUUAAGAAACGUAAUGUGCCAGAAGUUACAACAUCGUGGCACAAUUACAUGACCAAGAAAAUUGUGCAGGAUUUCCAGGCCAGUGUGCUUCAGGUGUCAGAGACCCCUUAUGACGAAAAGACUGUCUCCUCCAUCCCCACAGUGCACUAUGAAUUUCCCAGUGGUUACCACCAAGACUUCGGCAGUGAGCGUUUCCGUAUCCCUGAGGCACUCUUUGAUCCUAGUGUGGUUCAGAUGCGAGGUGGACUCGUGGGCAACACCAUGCUCGGAGUAGGUCACAUUGUGACAACCAGUGUGGGCAUGUGUGAUGUUGAUGUGCGCCCCGCCUUGUAUGGCAGUGUUGUGGUAACGGGUGGAAAUUCUUUCCUUCAGGGAUUUCCAGAGCGUUUAAACCGUGAUCUGUCUGUGCGAAUCCCGUCCAGUAUGCGUCUCAAGCUGAUCAGUGCCAAUGGAUGUGCUGAACGCCGGUUUGGUGCAUGGAUUGGAGGUUCAAUUUUGGCAUCCAUUGGAACUUUCCAACAGAUGUGGAUCUCAAGUCAGGAAUACGAAGAGGGUGGAAAGGGACAGGUGGAGAGAAAGUGUCCGUGAAAUCCUGUAUGGUUUACUUGUACUUGUGUUUUAAACACUGACUGGUUUGGCAAUGAGAUAAGUAAAGGAAGUAUUAAUUUGCUUUACAGUGAACAUUCGUACUGUAUCUGAUAUAGUCUUUGGGCCCAUUUAGCCUCAUGUCCAAUAGGUACAUAGUUAAUAUACUCAAGGGUAAGACCACAUGGAGUGUAUGCAAUAUUGACAUUGGAGUACAGAGAUGUGAGAAUAUGUAGAACUUUACUUUCAUGCGUCUCUACAGUCAUAGUUCUUUCACAUAGGAGUGUUCAUCUCUUUAGUGUUACAUGUUACUAAUAUAGCCUUACAGUGAAUACCGUAUUUACGCACGUAUAGGCCGCAGCACAAUUUUCAGACAGAAAUUAUAGAAAAAAUAAUUUUCUUGGAAU